UAAAAAGACGGGGACAGAACACGACAGCGUAAAGAGGCGGUAAAUUCAAUUUUUCAUUUGUGAGAAAAGCGGUCUCAGUCUAGGAUUUUCAGGGGCAGCGGCCAUGCCGGCGGCGGCGGCGGCGGCGGCGGCGCGCACCACGUCGCACGACCUGCACGUGUGGCUGAUGAACGAGAUGGAGUACGACGCCAGCGGCGCAGACGGCGGCUACCGGACCAUCCCCUCGCCCGAGAACCUCGCCGAGCUGUGCGUGGGCGAGCUGCCGGACGUGUGGAAGUACCUGAUGGAGCACGUGUACGGACCGCACAGCAUCCACGCCGUCAAGGGCAACCUGCAGCUGUGUCGCGGCCGGCACGGAAAACGGCUGGUGUCCUCUCCUGAGGAGAAAUCUCUGCAGAAGAAAAAGGAACGGCUCACAAAGAGUCUUCGCCAGGUCAACUCCAGUGUUGAGUAUCUAGAGAGCGAAAUCAUGAAGCUGGAGGAAGAAAUCAUCAGCAAAAGCUCGGCGGUGCUGGAGCGGCGCGAGGCGUGCCGCCGCGAGCAGCGACUGGCCGCCGCGCACCGGCUGCACUCGGCGCGCUGUCAGCGCGAGCUCAGCGGAACGGCGGCGCUGACCGGCCGGCUGGCACAGCUGGCCGGCGAGCGCACGGACGGCGGCCGGCCGGCCGACACACACACCGUCUGUAUGCGUCAGAUCAGUGAGGCCACGGAGCUGCUGGCGGGCCACAUCGACCGGUGUCUGGAGCGCGCGCCCACGGCCGACUCUCUGGCGCGCGCUGAGCGCUCCAUCCAGGCCACGGUGGCGCGCCACGCGGCGGCCGACAUCCUGCGCAGCCUGGCCGGCCUGCAGCAGCGCGCCGGACUCCAGCUGGCGCGCAAACUGCACGCGGACGCCGAGCCGCCGACCGCCGGCCAGACCAGCUGUGCGCCGGCCGCCGGCAGCGGUGACCCGGUGACGCAGAAGAUCCAGCGCUCGGUGGACGAGCUGCACGCGCUGCACGUCACCUGGCGGGUCACCGAGGUCACCGCCGAGCGCGAGGCGCGCCGGCUGCGCCACCAGCUGCUGCAGCUGACGGAGCAGCUGGCCAGCUGCGGCCACCAGGAGGAGGCUCCGGUGGACUGGCCGGCGCACCUGGCCGCCGCCGAGGCGCGCGGCCGCGCGGCCGCCCUGGAGACGGCGGCGCGCCAGCUCGGCGCCGAGGUGGAGGCGCUGGGAGCCGCGCGCUCCGCACUCGAGCAACGCUACGCCGCCAUCCAGCGUAACCAGCAGCUGAUCGAGCGCAACAAGAGCCACAUCCAGCUGCUGAUAUCGCUGGCGGGCGACUCUGUGGCGCUGAGCCGGCAGGCGCAGCAGCGCGCGGCGGCGGCGGCUCAGCGCCAGCUGCGCCCGCUGCUCUCCCAGCUGGAGGAGGCGCAGCGCCGCGCCGCCGCACAGACGGCCGCAGAGGUCGACUCGGCCGGCCGCCGCCUGCUGGCAGACAUACGCUGGGUCGUCGUGGACGGCCGUCCGCUGCUGUCUGUGCAGCUGCCCCUGUACCGGCCGCCGCCGGCGCUCCUCUCUCGCCGCCUGCGCUGCGCCGAGGCCGAGCUGCUGGAGCUGCUGCAGGCGCUGUGGCAGCAGCAGCGCGCCGACCGCCGCGCCGCCGCGCUCCGCCGGCUGCGCCACACGCUGGCGAACACCGCCGUGCCGGCCGACCGACUAGAAGAGUGCUGCCGCCGGGUGCAGAGUCAGACGGAGCACGAGCGCAGCACCCUGCUGCCGCAGCUGGAGCGGCUGUUUGUCAACAUGUCGCAGAUGGGCGCCGCGCUGAGGGAGGCCCGCGGCGCGCUCCACAACUGGACGGACCAGCCGGCCCGCUCCGCCGUUCAGCAGGUGCGGCACGCCGGGCACAGCCUGCGUCAGUGGGAGCAGCGCUACGUGGCCGCGCUGGCCGCCGGCCGCGGCCCGCACCGGCCCGCCGCCUGAGCCGUGUGGUCCGGCCCGCCGCCUGAGCCGUGUGGUCCGGCCCGCACCGGCCCACCGCCUGAGCCGUGUGGUCCGGCCCGCACCGGCCCACCGCCUGAGCCGUGUGGUCCGGCCCGCACCGGCCCACCGCCUGAGCCGUGUGGUCCGGCCCGCACCGGCCCACCGCCUGAGCCGUGUGGUCCAGCCCGCCGCCUGAGCCGUGUGGUCCGGCCCGCGCCGGCCCGCAGACUGAGCCGUGUGGUCCGGCCCACACCGGACCGCCUGAGCCGUGUGGUCCGGCCCACACCGGCCCGCCGCCUGAGCCGUGUGGUUUGGCCCGCCGCCUGAGCCGUGUGGUCUGGCACGCGCCGGCCCGCCGCCUGAGCCGGCCGCUGCCGCUCAGCGCCGCCUGCUACCGAGCGGUGCCGAGCUGUGGUGCUGUGGCACCCGCAGCAGUGCCCGGCGCAGGACACACGCAGAGCGCGCUGCCGCCCACACCGCUCUGCUCAGCUCCCGCGGGAGGGACCGCCAGGAACCUCUGUGACUCUGGAGACGGUCCCCGUCCGGCACUGGCGACUGGAGAGGCCAGGCGCCCGACUUUCAGCGCCGCCUCACCGGAGACCGUGGGCACUGCCGCGCCAAAACCAUGCGCUCCGUUCGCCGUAACCUUCUUGGGCUGGGUACGCUCCUUCGCAUGUACAGGUCUCGCGGGUUUUAGCGGUAGGUUUUGCACCUAGAAAAUUUAGUGUACUUCAGGCUAUAUCUUCGUCGUCCUAAGCUUCUAAGUGUUGAAGAUGCGAUCAACUUGUUGGGUAACAAGCCGGCCAUGAUCGUGUAAAAUGGCUUCAUCGUAGAUCGAUUAGUUUCUGAGAUAUAACCGGAAAUGAUAGCUGCUGGAUAGCUGCUGGAGGGACUUCACGAGGACGUGAACCGGGUGACGAGCCGGC